UUUUACCUUACUGGAGAAUCAUACGCUGGUAUUUACAUUCCGAUGCUUUCUCAGCGAGUUGUGGAGGGGAUCUCAAGAGGAGAUUUUCCUAACAAUAAAUUUCAGGGAGCUGCAAUAGGAAAUGGUUUCAUGAAUGUACCAUAUCUGAUGAAUUCUCUUGUGCUCUGGAGCGCGUAUCACGGUCGAGUGUCGCUUGAGUAG